AAACAGCUGACGCGCCGCACUCACACACGCAAAGCUUGCGUAGUAGGAAAAACAACAUGCUACUGUGAUGAAAUCGUGCUAGCAUGCGUGGAAAGGCGUAUAUUGUUCUCGUUGUUGAAUCAAACAUUCAAAUUUCCACUCCCGAUCGUGUGCGCCGUGUCCGUUCCGUUAAGCUCAGUUAGAGAAAGGGCUGAGAUAACAAUUAACGCAUUGUGCUGCACUACAAAACCGUUCGCUGCUGUGUGGCGGCGAGGCCAGCCACAUAAGCCAGCCGCGAUUUAGUGUCAUAAUUAAUUGCGGUUUGUUGUAACAGUUCCAGCAGGCGUUAUCAUCGUGGCCCGUUAUCAAACCCAUCACGAUACACCUAGAUCGUUCGGUGACUUUUCAACGUAGCGUUUCCGAUUAGAACGAACCUGUCCGUGGUGUUCGACGGACGACACAGUGCGUGUGAUUGCCAUUGCAGUGAACCGUUGUGGGUCACCAUGAAGAAGGAACAACCUGCCACCGGAGAGCCAGUGUUCGUUGGCAACGGUGUAGAGGAAACGCCAGAAUUGCGUGCCAAGAGCGUUGCCACGGUGAAGCAAUGGCUACUAGACGAGCGGCCCGAUCUCGAGAUCCCCGAGCAAUCGAGGCUGAUUUUGUACUUCCUGCGUACGACCAAGUACGACAUCGAUAAAACGAAGCGGAAGCUAAUGACAUUUCUGAAAAACCGAGAAAAGUUAACGGAAUGGUUUAAGGAUCGUGACCCAUUUCGGCCGGAAGUGCAGGAGCUGCUAGACAUCGGCGUGUUUCUGCCGCUGCACGAGAAAGAUUCACUGAACCGGCAGGUCGUCAUCGUCCGCACGUCGGCCCACGAUCCGGAAAAGCACAAGCAGGACGACGUGUUCAAGGUGGACAAGAUGAUACUGGAUCUGCUGAUGUACCUCGACGAAACCGUGUCCAUACACGGUGUGGUGGCAAUAUUUGAUAUGCAGGGCGUCACGCUCGGUCACGCACUGCAGCUGACUCCGUCCAUGAUUAAGAAAUCCGUCGAAAGCUGGGAGAACUAUCCCUGCAAACCGAAGCUGCUCGAGUUCGUCAACGUACCGGUGCACGUGAACAUCGUGCUGAAUGUGUUUAGGAGUUUUAUGAGCCCCAAGAUGCGAGAGCGCGUUACGAUCUCGCGCAAGGGGUCAUCACUGGAUCAGUCGGUCACGUUGCCGCUGGAGCUUGGUGGGAAUGGGGAAAGCUACUACGAGCUUUCCGAGUACUGGAAGCAAACGGUACAGGACAAUGCAAGGUUUUACACCAAAAUGGAAGAGAACGUGUUCCACUUAUGAGAUUACCAUCUCUACUACUUACGGCUUAGGACAUAGGUUUAGUUGUGUCGAAAUGACCAUUUUCAAAAUAUAGUUUUAAUCACACCUUAAAAGCAA